AUGCAGAAGCACAAAAUUUGACAGAGACCAUGGUAGAGAAACAAAUAUGAUUCGUGUUUAGGAAGACUAGGAAGUUUCGUGACCGAAAGCCGAGGCUUGCAAUGAAGCACUCGAGCGGCGCAGGAACGAUGCCUGAGUCUUAUGGUACGAAAAUCGAUCCAACACUUAAAGACCAAGCGCCUUMCCAUGCGGUUUUUCGAACUUUUCGAUGUCCUAGCAGACAAAUUAGUUACGGACUGAACUACCGUUACAUGCAACAAUCUGGAUYAAUAGUCUUUCUCAUUGAUGGCCUCCAUCGAAGCAUCAUUUAACUGUAGAAAGCGGACCGUGGACUAAUUUAUUUAGCGGUUGCUCUCUCCUAGAGAACCCCCUAAGGUGAGUCCCUCUCUGAGAUUUAUGCAAUAUGUCUAUGGAAAUGCUCUCGCGUCAUCUGGCUAGUACCCCAUCGUAGUAUUGUCAUCAUGGCGACUGCCUUMUCUCUCUUAGAUGUCACAGAUAUUGCGGGCGCGGAGCGAUAGAUUUAAGAAGAUACAAUUCAUUGCAUCGACGAAUAAAUCCUCUACGAUAUGGCCAACAAAUGUCUUUCGAAUAAACAAAUAGACAUGCCCUUGAUGGCAASGAACCGCAACCCCUUGCUUGGGCACAUCACGGCCGGUGCCGCUUGUCGAGACAACCAUCUAACCGAGUUCUUUUUUAUUAUACAAAUCCCACCUGUAUCAUGACCCUCCRCCUUCCAUCAUUAGGCGUUGUAGCCCAGAAAAAAGUAUCAAGACAAAGUAUCGCGACUGACACACCCGAAAAUUGUCGGGACGAGACUAAACCCAACCGAGCCACGCACAGAAACAAACAAUACCUUCCCACAUACUACGUUCGAGAUCUCCUUCUCGCAUAAAAUCCAAAAGCGUCCCGCCGGCACACAAACCCUUAUGAAAGUCGCGUUGUAAACCCACUCACUCGCAUACAACACCCGACGUCGCUGCCCGCAUUGCUGUUUAUCGUCCACUUUUGGAAYAACUUGUACAAAUAUCCACACGUWGUUCCAAGAAAAUUCAAAUCCCAAUUCGARGUACUGUCAGGAUGGAAGCCAACGGACUGACUAGAUGCAGUUUGCCAUACUCUUUCGAGAGUCCUGUAGUGUGUGACGAAAUGAUUACCGACGACGGGGCAUCGGCAUCGACUCCUCCUAGCCGGGAUCCUGCUGCAAUGACCACCGACGCGAUGCCACCGGCUCCGAUAAGUCCGUGCGGCAGCCCCAAAAGAUAUUCACCGUCCUUUGUCAGCUCCCUCAACGACCAGGUGGCGAGGUAUUGUUCCAACGAGUGUGUGCAAAGACGCUGCGGCACGGCCGCCAUGCGCACAGUCUGCAACAACGUUGCCGUGGCACAGACCAGGGUUCGGCAGAUCGAAGACCACUUGGUGGCAGGCCAGCAACAAGGCCAUGGAUCGCCACCCUCUCUUCGAGAUCAACUCUUCGCGGAGAAAAUUCGAUUGAUCGACGCAUUGGUCGUGAUGGGGUGGGAACAUUACCGAUGCUUCCUAGAAGAAUCGGAAUGCUUUGAAAAAGCCGAGGCGGCGGUGAGACACAUUUACGAGGAAGCCCUGGAGCUUUCCGUCGAGCUCUUUUGCUCGGCGCCACCCGCAACUGGCACCAGCAUCGCUAACAACGGCAGGCUGAUGAUGCUUCUUCUCACCCUUGACUUUGACGAGUACUGCGAAAGUCUGCUGGGGUAUCAGUUGGCCCGCGAGUCCACUUCGGCGUCACUGACCGCCGAUUCGAACGGCGCGGAUGCUGCCGCCGGGGUGAGAGGCGCCGACGGGCGACUGGCAGAGAUCCUCAAGCCUGCCGCACAAGGGAACGCCUACCUCCAGCAGGUGCACGAAUUGUGGAAGACCGGCGCCUUCGAGCGAUUCGAUGUUGCGGCAAGCCAUGAGGAAGAAGAACACCUGGCAAAAAUCCACGCGGCGGGCCUGUGUCUGGUCCUCUUUCGAAAACUGGAGUACAAACAGACCGACCUCAAGGCAACCGAACGCCAGUUCCGGUAUCUGUUUGAUGAAUAUCUUCCGAGACAACUCGCACAGCCAUCGAUGAACAAUAUUAUCGCGACAAAGCACGCUCGCAUUCUCUUCCAAGACGGGACUCCUACCGUGUACUGGUCGCUCUUGGCCGAUUCGUACCGGAAAGAAUGGGCCGAACACCUCGAGGGAUAUGGGAGCGGAGCUGCUGAGGAAUUGUUCGACAUGGAUAUGGACGAGGACGAGGAUGACGAGGACGAUGGAUUAUAAACAAAAUUUGCUUUGUUUUCAGAUGGAAGAAGCAAAAGAUCAUUGUAUCGAAUGGUCUGCGCGAUGACGUCAAAUACUUCAUUACAAUAAAUGGUAGCAGAAAGGGUUUUCUAUACCAUGACUGGAGAAAGGAGCACCUUGAAACUGGGGGUAGCGGCUCAAAAACGUGAGCUGAUUCACCGUUUUCAAAGUAAACGGACUAGGAUGCUACUUAAUGGGAAAUAAGUGCAAAUCAGCUAU